AGCGUUUAGUUUUAUUUUAACAAAUUUUUAGUGUGUGGUUGUUUUUUUUUUUUUUUGUUUCGUUGUAGUCUUAAAUCAUAAGUGUUACUAGUUUGGUUGUGCCUUAAGGCGGCCAUAUACAAAGUAAAAGCGCCAUUUUGCGAUAAAAAAAUUAAGAAACUUUGGUUAAUAAAAUUGAUUGUGACGUAUGUUUGUGGGAAAAAUGAAUGCCAAAGAUAUAUUAAUGCGUGCAGUGCAAUGUGAUCAAGCCGGACGAAUUUUGGAGGCACAACAUCUCUAUCAAGAUGGCAUACAAAUACUUAUGGAUCUGGUUGGGGACGAAUCGGAUGUGACCAAGAAGAAAGUGUUUUAUGAACGCAUUAAGGAGUACAUAGACCGCGCUGAACAAAUUAAGGACCGCGUACAGAAGCAUGUCAUACGUGGCGAAUUGGUCAGCAAUAAAGCAAUAGAUGACAAUUCUACCGGCAACAGUUAUCACUCGCUGUUCGGGCAGUACCUCAAUGCGGACGUAAAAGAGGUCCUACUUGAGGAGCCAUAUCUGUACGAGAAGUAUCAAUUUCAGAAUCUUGUAACAUUCUUAGAGUUGUUGGUAAAAAACUGUCGCCACCUCAAGUAUGUGAGAGUGGUCACAAAGACUGAUACCAAAGCACCGGAGAACCAAAGUAACGUGCUAGAGCAGAUUAGAGCGGAUAUGGCAAAACGUAAUGUAACUUUAAGCAUAAAAUUCGAAGACACUUUGCAUGACCGUAAAAUUGUCCUCAGCAACGGUUAUAUUAUAAAGAUUGGGCGUGGUUUACAUUUCUUCAAGGCUACUAAUCCGUUAUACAGCCUCGGCUUAUGUGAUUAUGAUUUUCGCAAAUGUUUGCAAACUGACGUGGACAUUUGGCGUACCAGAAACUUCAUUGCCUGAAACUGAUAAAAGUGCUGCACUAAUCACUGACUCAUCGUUAAGCGUUUAACAGACAUUUUACAAUAA